AUGGUGACCAGCACCGUAGCGGAGAUUUUGAUAUCGGAAGUGCUGGGAUACCAUGUUGUUGUUGAUCCUGAAACCAAGUUUUCCAUUGAAGAUGGAAUCGUGACAUUGGCAGGGUGCUCCAGCAUUGAUUGUGAUGUGAAAGGCACUCGAAGUGACAUUCUACUGGACACUUGGUUGACUGCUGCUCUGCCGUUUUUCGAGGAGUUUCAACUGGCGCAGGGUCAAGCUGCGGAAGACUUGGGAUCUAUGGGCUAUGUGGGUAGUGAUGGCCUUCACGUGAAGGGCUCUGUGCUAGAGGCUGCAGCAAGUGAUGGUGUGGCCCUGGAGUAUUACAAGAGUUACAACCUAACAUUCCAUGAGCCACAGAAGUAUUUUGACACAUUGUGGGAUUUGCCUGAAGAGCAACUUUCGAAGUGCAAUGACUCCUACAAUGGAGUCCCUCUGGAUUCCGUUGUCUCUGAUCGAAUGAAGAACUAUCUGGACUGGACAGGGGAUGUUGAUGGGGUGGUGGAACACGAUGGCCAAUUUGCAGCAAACUGCCCCACCGCCACAUUCUCUGCAUUUUGGAUUGCACCUGCUUGCCGGCACAACUACACCCAAUGCAUCCCAGCUUUGAUGCUAGGCCAAGGACUGCUGCCCUCUUAUAUGCAGUGGGCAGUGGCGUAUGGUCUUCCGUUGGCACUGACACAUGCGAGGGGUUUCAGUGAGAUGAUCUAUUUGGUGCGAAAUAGACGGCUGCUUUACUACUGGUUGGAACCAGAGGAGACAUUCCUGGACCUGAAGCAUUCCAGAAUCAUUCUCCCUCCACAUAGCCCAGCUGCAUGGUCCAAGGGGGAUUUUCGAACUGCAUCCAGUGAUGUGAACAUUGCGAAACUUGUGAGUUCGCACCUUCGCAUCUCAGCGCCCAGGGUGCAGAUGUUUGUGGAGAGGUUGAGCUUGGAGGCAGGACAGCUUCUGCAGUUACUCGAAGGCAGCGAUGUCGAGGCUUCCAUAGAGGACAGGUGGAUAGUGCUGCGCCAAAGUGCUUGCCAAUGGAUCAAGACCACUGACAUUUGGAAGAAGUGGACGCCCGUUGCCACCGACUGCACGCUAGGCUUUGGCUUGGCGGAUGCUCAAGGUUUGCCAGUGAUGUCUCUGUCUGAAUCCGUGGACUGUCAGAUUUGUCCAGCAGGACGAUUCUCGGAGCCGUUCCAGCGCGACUCCGGGCAGACCUACCGCUGCCAGCCCUGCAACCCUGGUUAUCAUCAAAGCCGCUAUGGUCAGGGCGAUUGCGUACCAUGCGACGCAGGCACCUAUGCAGCCGAAGCAGGGGCAGCAGCUUGUUCGCCGUGCCAGCGGGGAAGCUUCGCGAACUCCACCACGGCAACCAGAUGCUUUUCCUGCGGACAGGAAGAAGUCUGGACAACAAGCAAGGCCGUGCAAGUUGGGGAGCAAGAGAGGUGGAUUGAAGUAGAAGGAGCAUCGUCUGAAAGCUCUUGUCGCUGCGUUCAAGGACGUUACUUAUCAACCGAGGGACAAUGCGAAGUCUGUCCUGUGGGUUCUUCAUGCCCAGGCUCAGGAGACUUAACGCUUCUCCCUGGCUUCUACUCGACACAAAGUGAGCCCGGCACAGUUCUGGAGUGCUUCGGCAAUUCGGGCCGGUGUCCCGGUGGCUUGCCAGGCACUUGUGCAAAUGGACGGGACUCAGCGAGUCCUGCUUGCAGUUCCUGCCUCCCGGGCCUGCAGCCGAGCAAUGCUGGGGAAUGUGUUCAGUGCACAGGCGGAGAUUACGCUGCGCUACUCACUUUGGCCUUGGUUGUGUUGCUUGGGACUGCGAUUUUGCACAUCUGGCUGGCACUCUUGGACAGGACAACUGGCGCCUAUCACGGUGCUCUGUUGAGUGCCGCAUUGUGCGUGAAUCAAUUGAUCACAUGUGCUCAGCUUUUCGCUGUGUUUGAGCAAAUGCAAGGCAUCAGCUGGGAGGAUCCAUUUUUGAGUUUCCUCCAGUUUUUCCGAAUUCUUUCUCUUGGAGCAUUCCUUGACUCGAUCAACACAAUCGGCUGCAUCACUCGCAUUAGCUCCGAGGUGACCUUCUUGAUUCGGACCGUAGCGGCCCCCCUGUCCUUCGCAAUUGGGCCUUUGAUCGUGCACAUGAUGACCAUGAAAACAAGCUUCGCGCUACAGGCCAGUGGCCUUCUGAAGACUUUUGGCUUCCUCUUCUUGCUCUUCUACAUCUCUUUGUCCGCCGCAUUUGUCGAGCCCUUCCGCUGCAACGUGCAUCCAAAUGGCUCCUUGACCAUGCAGACAGCUCACAGCGUUUUCUGCAACUUUGCAGGUACCCACUUCACUUUGGCUGUGAUGAGCGGCUUGAUUUGUCUUUUGCCGAUCAGCUUCCUGGUCAUGUGCUCCUGGGUGCUGGUGACUUUGCCGAGACGUGUUGCGGCAGGAAACGCAGCUUUUGUGCGGGCAUGUUCCUUCUUGAUUCUGCGAUUCAGACCAGGCUGCGAGGGAUUUACAGUCCUUUUCUUGCUGCGAAACGUGCUGAUCGUGCUGACACCCAUCAUGAACUCAUCUACUGGCUUGUUCGUGAUGGGCAACCUCCUGGCGUUGACUGUUGCAUCGGUUGCAUACUACAGGCCGUGGCGAUCGGAAGUUGCUACUCGGGUUGACAUCGUGGUGAGCUCCGUGUUGCUGAGUGUUUUGCUUUUGGGGGCAAUUACUGUGAAUGAUUCACAGAAGCAGCCACUCAUGGUGAUAUGCACGGUAUGUGUAAUUGUUGCCCUUCUCGCGGUGGCUUUAUAUUCGCUGGUUCAACACAUUGCUUCCAAGUUCCGCAAAAAAUUCGCUUUCUUCCUCUCGCACCACAGAUCAGCUUCGGCUGGGUUUGUGCGACUGUUGAGUAUGGAGCUCAAACAGCGCGGGUCGCAAUUUACCACCUUCGUUGACUCUGACCAUCUUACGGAUCUCUCGCAGCUGUUCUCAUACGUCAGUCAUGACACGCAGACUUUCGUUCUGAUUGCAACUUCCGAGAUUCUGAAAAGAAAAUGGUGCAUGGGAGAGCUUGUGAUGGCAAGACUUGCCGAGGUGCAGACCAUCUUGUUGACUUUUCUUGACUUUGAUUUGCCAGACGAUAGGUUUGCGGAGGGCUAUUCGAGAGUCGUGCCCGACAUUCGGGAUCUCGCUACCUAUGGUCUUGGACUUUCAGAGGUGCAGGAUACCCUCCGGUGGUUACAUACAGUGAAAAGCUUCGCGAUCGCUCCCGACUUUUCCAGAAAGAGCCUGGCCAUGGCUGUCAGCGAGUUGACGGGAACGACGAGCAUCUUUGCAGAGACCAAGCAGCAAGGCGCCGAGUCCGACUACUUGAUCUUGGCAGACCCCGAGAACAUGGAAGCCAUGGCCACCGCUGAAGUCCUUGGGCACUUUAUGGUGAAUCUCCUUCCCGAGCGAGGCCUUUCCGCAAGGGUGCUCACUGCGGAUGGCAACGUUUCCAGGACGGACGCUCGACUUCUGCUUGUAUGCACACAUAAUUGCUUCCAAUCGGGCCAUGUGGCACGGUGGCUGCUGCAAGCCCGGAUGGUACCCGACUGUCAGCUCCUGCCAGUGCUUGCAGAUGAACUGUUUCAGCUUCCCAGACGCGUCGAUGACGCUGCAUAUGCCCAAAUUAUCAAGGCCGUCUUCGUGGAAGUGGCGCUUCCGUUUAUUCCAUCUCAAAGCUGGGAAGUGGACUUGGCCAUACGAGCUCGGCAAGUGGCGUUGCGUCUCUACGGCGAGUUGAAACGUCUGCGCACCAAGAUGUUGAUAGUGGGGAAGACCUGUGAAGUCUCGGAAGAAGUCCUCGAAGUUCCGGAGCAGCCUCCGGGCCCACCUGAGGGCUCUGAUUCAGAAGCUUCCAAUGUCAGUCUCCAGAUCUUGAGCAACCAGGCAAUACAGGUCAAGAGCUCCGAAGAGCUUUUAGGCAGGCAGGCUGCCUCAGAUCAGGCCGACUAUGUGAUGGUAGCCUUUUAG